AUGGGGAUGAUGGGGAUGAUAGGGGUGAUGGGGAUGAAGGGAGUGAUGGAGAUGAUGGAGGUGAUGGGGAUGACGUGGAUGAAGGGGGUGAUGGGGAUGAUGGGGAUGAUGGGGAUGAUGGAGAUGAUGGGGGUGAUGGGGAUUAAGAGAAUGAUGGAGAUGAUGGAGAUGAUGGGGAUGAUGGGGAUGAUGGGGGAUGAUGGAGAUGAUGGGGACGAUGGAGAUGAUGGAGAUGAUGGGGGCGAUGGGGAUGAAGGGGAUGAUGGAGAUGAUGGGGGUGAUGGGGAUGAAGGGGCUGAUGGAGAUGAUGGGGCUGAUGGGGAUGAAGGGGCUGAUGGAGAUGAUGGAUAUGACGGGAAUGAUGGGGGUGAGGGGGAUGAUGGGGGUGAUGGAGAUGAUGGAGAUAAUGGGGAUGAAGGGGGUAAUGGGGAUGAUGGCGAUGAUGGGUAUGAUGGGGAUGAUGGGUGUGAUGGAGAUGAUGGGGAUGAGGGGGAUGAUGUGGAUGUUGGAGAAGAUGUGGAUGAUUGGGGUGAUGGGGUUGAUUUGGAUGAUGGGGGUGAUGGAGAUGAUGAUGAUGGGGAUGAGGGGAAUGAUGUGGAUGAUGAGGAUGAUGGAUGUGAUGAGAUGAUGGAGAUUAUGGGGAUGAGUGAUGGGGGUGAUGUGGAUGAUGGGGAUGAUGGAGGAGAUGUGGAUGAUUGGGGUGAUGGGGAUGAUGGGGUUGAUGAUGAGGGGAAUGAUGUGUCUGAUGAGGAUGAUGGGUGUGAUGAGGAUGAUGGAGACGAUGGAGAUGAUGGGGUGAUGGGGAUGAUGGGGGUGAUGUGGAUGAUGGAGAUGAUGGAGAUGAUUGGGAUGAUGGGGGUGAUGGGGGUGAUGGGGAUGAUGGAGAUGAUGGAGAUGGUGACGGUAAUGGCAUAUUUGGAUGAUAGGGGUGAUGGGGAUGAAGAGGGUGAUGGGGAUGAAGGGGGUGAUGGAGAUGAUGGAAAUGAUUGGUGUGAUGGGGAUGAUGGAGAUGAUGGGGAUGAAGGGGGUGAUGGGGAUGAUGGGGAUGAUGGGUGUAAUGGGGAUGAUGGGGAUGAUGGAUAUGAUGGGUGUGAUGGAGAUGAUGGGGAUGAGGGGGGUGAUGUGGAUGAUGGAGACGAUGGGGAUAAUGUGGAUGAUGGAGAUGAUGAAGAUGAUGGGGGUGAUGGGGAUGAUGGAGAUGAUGGGGGGGGUGAUGGAGGUGAUGGAGGUGAUGGGGAUGACGUGGAUGAAGGGGGUGAUGGGGAUGAUGGAGAUGAUGGGAAUGAAGGGGGUGAAAGGGCUUAUGGGGAUGAUGGAGAUGAUGGUGAUGAAGGGGGUGAUGGGGAUGAUGGUUGUAAUGGGGAAUAUGGAGAUGAUGGAGAUGAUGGGUGUGAUGGAGAUGAUGGGGAUGAGGGGGAUGAUGUGGAUGUUGGAGAAGAUAUGGAUGAUUGGGGUGAUGGGGUUGAUUUGGAUGAUGGGGGUGAUGGAGAUGAUGGGGAUGAGGGGGAUGAUGUGGAUGUUGGAGAAGAUGUGGAUGAUUGGGGUGAUGGGGUUGAUUUGGAUGAUGGGGGUGAUGGAGAUGAUGAUGAUGGGGAUGAGGGGAAUGAUGUGGAUGAUGAGGAUGAUGGAUGUGAUGAGAUGAUGGAGAUUAUGGGGAUGAGUGGUGUGAUGGGGAUGAUGGAGAUGAUGGUGAUGAUGGGCAUGAAUGGGGAGAUGGGGAUAAUGGAAGAUGGGGGUGAUGUGGAUGAUGGGGAUGAUGGAGGAAAUGUGGAUGAUUGGGGUGAUGGGGAUGAUGGGGUUGAUGAUGAGGGGAAUGAUGUGUCUGAUGAGGAUGAUGGGUGUGAUGAGGAUGAUGGAGACGAUGGAGAUGAUGGGGUGAUGGGGAUGAUGGGGGUGAUGUGGAUGAUGGAGAUGAUGGAGAUGAUUGGGAUGAUGGGGAUGAUGGGGGUGAUGGGGAUGAUGGAGAUGAUGGAGAUGGUGACGGUAAUGGCAUAUUUGUUAUAUUUGGAUGGCACAUUUGGCAUAUAA